AAGUGAGUCCUUCGGGGUUGAGGCCCAGACUUGUGUUUCUGUAUUUGAAAAUUUCUUAUUGUUUUGGCAGAUAUUGUUUUAGUUCAAGUAAACUUCAGCAAUGAGUUACAUCAACAUAGGCCGCGAAAGUCAGGGCUUACCAGCCAUCAACUCAGCAAGAAGGAUAAGAGAUUUGGAAGCUGAAUUACAAGCUUACCGCCAACGAGACGCAGCGAAUCUCACACCAGUUGGAAUUCUGAAAUAUGAUGGUAGUCAGACAAGACGUGCUGUUGGCGAGCUACAGGACCAAGUAAAAGCGCUGAGAGAAGAAGUGAAGAAAAAAGAUGGCCUUGUGCAGCACCUGGUCAGCCUUGAUUCUGCCCCAAAAGUCCCACGUGCUCCAGAUUCAUACAGGCUCGACAGUCUGUACCUUGGAGAACGGGGUGCAGUGGAAGCAACGAGAGGAGAGCUCGCUUCCGUACAGGUGAAAUUUGAAAGAGCGCAGGAAAGGAUAAGAGAGCUGUCAGUAGAAUUAGAAGCCAAAGAUGUCAGAAUCAGGGAAUUGGAGCUACGGGUGGAAAACAACCGAGAGACGGAAGGUCGGCUGUCGGAAAUGGUGGCCUCCUUGAGAGAAAAACUCUCCGACUUUGAAUCAAGAGCCGAUUCUUAUGAGACAGUUGCUAACAGAGGAGAGUACACCAUCUCCACCUUGCAGCGAGAGAAUAGGGAGGCAAAUGAGAAAAUUGUUGAGCUGGAGCAAAGGUUACGGAAACAACUUGAAGAGAGAGAACAUUCUGAGUCAAGGCUGAUGAGUGAAGGGAGACGUCUCUCAGACUUCCUUGUACAGCUCAGCAGCCUUCUGUACACUGAGGAUCUCGUUGAUGCAUCACAGUCUUCCAUUGACAUUGUUUUGAAAAAGCUCACAGAUCUGAUCCAGGAGAACGCGAUGCUGAAAGGAAAGAUCCUGAACAUGAAUGAGCACCUGAACGAAACCCAACUGGAGACCAAGGCGAGCAGGGAGACUAUCAUGAGACUCGUUUCUGAAGUUGGCCGAGAGCAGAAGAUCACAACAAGAUACACAUCAGAUAUUGAAAAUCUCAGAUUGGAACGAGACAAUGCUGUGGCAGUAAAACGUGACCUUGAGAGAGAAAUUGAACUCCUACGAGAGAGAGUUGAUGCUGGUCAGCGUUCAUUGGAAGCCACCAAGGGUGAGCUGGCUCUUUGCAACGAUCGGUUCUCUACCAUGGAGCGCAACUACAGAGAAAGCUCUCACUCUGUGCACACAUCAGGGACCCAGUUCAAGCUUUUCCGUGAUCAAAUUGCAAACCUCCUCAGCACUGCCUUUAACGACGUUGUGCCAACAGAAGAAUGUAUCAAGGAAUGUGUGAGAAGAAUUACUGAAGACAAGAAGGAGCUUGAUAGGCGUGCGGAGGACUAUGACAUCCGAGUGAAACAGUUGUCAGAGCAGUUGGAACAGGAACUGAGCAUCCACCGUGACAUGGCGCAGCGAGCAAAACGCUUUGAGGUGGAAAGUAUGGACAUGGCAGAGAGGCUGCGCAUUGCAGAGGGGGAGCUGUCCGCAGGGGACGUGCUCAGGGAUGGAUUCAAGUUUGAUAAAGAAAAGUAUCUGCGAGGUUUACAGAAGCUGGGAGAGAUCAUGAAGAUGGACCGCAUCUCUCUUGAUCUGGGUCUGGAUUUGACCAUGGAUGCUCUUGUGGCCCGAGCGGAGCAGCUGGUGAAGUUGGAGACAGGCACUUUGGCGGAGAAGUCUACACAUGUCUACAGUCUGCAGCGCAAGGUGAAGGCACUGAAAGAACAGCUUGAGAGCAAGGAUCUGCACAUUGACCUCCUGCGCAAGAAGAUGACCUCCCUGGAGGAGCGCGUUCACGGACGGGUGGACGCCGAGCGUCUGCGAGAGACUGAGUCCCUGAGGGUGCAGAAGCUGGAGAAGCUGGUUGAGAAGUACAAGCUCCAGCUACAUGACUCCAGGCAGGAGGUGCAGAACCUCAAGGCACAGCUGAUGGGAUCAGGGGAACUCAAGGUGAGAACACUUGAACAGCGCAAAGACAUUGACGAACUGGCACGACAGAUUGAGGAGUUGGAAGAAAUCCGGAAACGUCAGUCACGCAAAAUCUCCCAGCUCAAGUCGACUGUGGAUGAGACUGAGAACAACAGACAGGAGAACUCAGUGGCCUCAGAGAAUGCGGUGCAGGCACUCAGCAGUGAACUACGCACAACCAAGAAUGCUUUGGAUAACCUGAAGUACAAAGAAAAGCAGCUGUUGGACUUCCGCACGGUGGUGGCCCGUAUGCUUGGCCUUGACAUCAACACACUGGCCGUUCCAGACUACGAGAUCAUCACACGCCUGGAGAAGCUGAUAGAGGCGCACCAUACUACAGCGUUCACCACUCUGUCUCUGGAGGAGGCUCUUCAAGACGUACAGGAUGGCACCGCAGAUGACUUCCGCCGAGUUCUCACCGGCACUGACCCCAUCGUGCAGCGGUCGCGAGAGCGCUCUCGAAGGAAGGCGCACAAGAUUCGCACUCGCGCACGAUCAUUGUCACCCAUGAGACGAGAUCCGAGACAAUACUGAGGGUGUACAGAGGAAUAGUUGUAAUGUUUUCCAAAGGUGAAUACUUAUUUCAUGACAUUAAUUUUUAUGUAUUUCAUGUCAAUACGGUUACGCAUAUUAGUCAUUUAUUCCUAUUCAAAUGUAUAAUGGUGAUAUUAAAUUGAAGCAGCAACGCAAAGUUGAUUUCCCUAUACAAACGUUCAUGGUACAAGAACAGAAUGAUGAUUUUAUUACCGUUUUGAAGUCAUAAUUUGCAUAAUAUUGGUAUCUUUUGUGUCAGGGAAGUGGAUGGGAAUAUGGCUUGUAAUUUAAAGAAAAUUUUGUUGUCAUAUAUUGGCAAUAUCUGACAUUUUCAUAUUUCACAAUCAAAUACUGUAGUGUUUGUAACUAUAGUUUUUCCACCUUUUGCGUUGGAGACUUUAAGAAUUGAAUUUAAAUCUUUAAGUAAAGUUAAGCCAUUCUGUGAUAAAGGAAAUUGUUUGGGUUUUUGGUGUUAGAAAUCAAAUCGAUCAUGUUAAUUAUGAAACAGGUCCCAUGUUUUUAUCCUUACUUUAACAUUGCCUUUUCAAUCAUUCUGUCCUCUUUGAUGUAUUUACAAUAUUUAAAAUUAUGGAUAAAGUUUAGGACAUGUGUAGUCUUACUGUGAUAUGGUGCCUUGUCAGCUCAAAAAGUUUCUUAACACGAAUCAAAUAUUUGAUUGUGUUGUAAAUCAAUCAAAAGUAACCGGUAUAAAGUAUAUUAUGAUAUGUAUCAUAGUUAGUUAUGAUAUGCGCAUGUCUCUCAACUCAUAUGUGGUUCAUGUAUUUAUAUAGUCUUUUUUUUAGGGUAUUAAAUUUGUUCUCUAUUUUGUUCUAUUGACAUUGUUCCUUGCAGCAAUUUUUAGAUCAUGUACUCAUCUGAUUCUUUAAUCUGUACAUGAAAUCAGUUAUGGAUAGUGGCAUCGUUUUAACCUUUUUGAUUUGGGAUAUAUUGUCUAUAUAUAUUUACAUUUUACGAUAAAGUCAUACUUUUAAUACC